GCGUGCAUGACUGCCAAUUCGAACCGACCCGCCUUAAUGACUUCCAUUGUGAAUUACUGCCACUGGGAAUCGCAGGUUCGUGUCCAGGACCAGGACGCUGGGAGCUGGGCAGCACUUGAAUAUUAUUUUAUCUUUAUUAUUUUUAAUUUUGUUUAUUUAUUUAUUUUUAUCAAGCGCUUUCGGCUUCCCUCCACAUCUAUAUCCGAACCAAAUUCCCUCCUUCGUUCUGUCCCUGGUUUUUUCCCUCGUCUUCUGCCCCCCCCCCUCUCUCUUUUUCAUUUUUCUUACUUCCCCCAAGGCACCCAGAUCUCAUCCUCUAUCUUCCUUAUCCAAUUUGCCUUCCCCGAUUUUGCUCUUCUCUCCUUCACCCCAUGCACAUCAACUCUUAAUCCUCUAACCCCCUCCUCGAUCCCCUCCAUCCUUUUCCAACUCGAUCUCUGCCCUGCAUUUCUAUCUCGCCUCUGGAUGUCGGGUUCUCAACCUCCUUCCACCUCGUCUCAGCAGCCCCAGCAGACUGUGACCUCCGUGAAACGCCAAUUCCCAUUUUCGUCCCUGAGACCUCCCUUUGUAGCUCCCGCUGAUUAUCAUCGCUUCACGCCCCACCAUCGUCCACCGGCUGCCCAGCAAGUUGACCCCAUCAUUGUUCGCUCCCCUCAAUUAAAGCAGAGGAGUGACACAGCUGAUUAUGAAGCUGAUUCUCAUGGUCGGGUGACCUCUGGAUCUGCUGAAGUUGCUAACAAUCCUUUUCAGACACCUACAUCAGGAAAGACAGGGAAGGCAAGAAAAGCCUCAAAGCCUCAAACUCCAGGUUCGAUUAUCGGCUCUCCUUCAGGCAACAAUCUCACUCCUGCUGGUCCUUGUCGUUACGACAGCUCAUUAUGUCUAUUGACAAAGAAGUUCAUCAAUUUAAUCAAGCAAGCAGAGGAUGGUAUUCUUGAUCUUAAUAAAGCUGCUGACACAUUAGAGGUGCAAAAAAGGAGGAUAUACGAUAUAACAAAUGUUCUUGAAGGGAUUGGUCUUAUUGAAAAGAAGCUCAAGAACAGAAUUCAAUGGAAGGGACUGGAUGUUACGAGACCAGGAGAGGCUGAUGAUAAUUUUGGUAGUUUACAGGCAGAGAUUGAAAAUCUUACGUCGGAGGAGUGCCAAUUAGAUGGACAAAUAAGGGAGACGCAGGAAAGACUAAUGGAACUUAGUGAAGAUGAGAAUAAUCAAAAGUGGCUUUUUGUCACUGAGGAGGAUAUAAAGGGCUUGCCUUGUUUCCAGAAUGAAACCUUGAUAGCCAUUAAAGCUCCGCAUGGCACUACUUUGGAGGUCCCAGAUCCUGAUGAGGCUGCUGAUUAUCCCCAGAGGAGAUACAGGAUAGUCUUGAGAAGCACAAUGGGCCGGAUAGAUGUUUACCUUGUUAGUCAAUUUGAAGAGAAGUUUGAAGAGAUUAACGGGGUUGAUGUGGCACCCAAUCUUCCAUCCAGUCCUGAGAUCAACAAGCAUCCAGCAACGGAAGCCAGAGAGGAUGUGGGGAAGGACCUAGGGAUGCAGGGACAAUAUGAUCAUGGAACUUUUUCAGAUUAUAGUGCCUCACAGGACUUUGCGGGUGGGAUCAUGAAGAUCGUUCCUUCAGAUAUUGAUAUAAAUGCUGAUUACUGGCUUUUAUCAGAUGCCGAUGUUAGCAUAACAGACAUGUGGAGAACAGAACCUGGAGUUGAAUGGAGUGAACUUGAUGCGCUGAAUGAAGAUUGUUGCAUGAAUCAUGGGAGCUCACCACGACCCCAGACUCCUCCUUCAAACACAAGUGAAGCGCCGCCUUCUGCUAACCCCAAGGGAGGUUGAAGCUUGCAAAGGUUGGACACAAGGGCAAGUGCUAUUUCCCGCCAAGAGAAGUGAGGGAGCCUAUGACAUCCAGGUUUGGAUUAAGAUUCCUUAAAGAUGCUUGCUCAAUGUUUGAGGUCAAAGAAAGGCCUGGCGGCGUCGCUCAAUUCUUCUUUGUAUGUCAUUGUAAAUUUUUAUAACAUGGUCAAAGAUUAGGGUGCAAGCAGAUAACUAUGAAAUCCCAAGUCUAUCUGCUUGCAUUCUAAAUCUAUCUGCUUGAACCCUGGUCCUUUAGUUUUCCAAUAUAAUUUUGAUUCCAAUGAGAAACUUACUAGCAAUUUUCCCUAAACACAAAGUGUGGAGUUAGAUGGAAACAAAUCAUGUACAGUUAACAAAUUCUACAUAUUUGAGCUAUUUGUUUAAAGUU